AUGAGCUACAAGCAGAAGGGGGAGGGGCUAGGUGAUUCUGUGGUGGGGGAGCAUAAGGCUUCACCUGCUCACAGAAACUGGCAGCCCAAUGGGACAGCAGGAGGAGGGGGGGGAGGAGGAGGAGAAGGAGAGGGGGUCACUGUCCGGAGAAGUUGGAGACCCUGCCAAAUGCUCGGUCAGGACGGGCAGGAUCCUCACCAUCAUCACCACCACCAUCAUCAUCCUCCUAUUCCGCACCAAGGCUCGGGCCGCGGCCCCGCACGGCACCGUAGGCGCACUCCCUCAGGGCAGAGCCCGUCCAGACAGGGGGAGGGAGCAAACAUGGAGCCUCCUCGCCACACCCAGCCGCCCCGCUCUGGCGUGGGCCGCUACCACCGCCAGGGAGAGCCCAGGGUCAGAGUUCACAGACCGCUGCUGAGAGACGUCCAAGACACCCACGACCCGCCGUUUCAACAGCAACGGUCAUCUGGCGGUCCCCUGACUGAACAGAGAGACAUGACUGGUCCCGCAACAAUGAAGCAGCAGCACCCACCACACACUCGUCCACCCCACCACACACAGGACAGUGGAGCACCUGACAUUACUGCUGGUACCUCUCUUACCCCCACACACCACACACCAUGUCCUCCUGCCCCUGAUCCCCCUUCCCAAGACCUGCCACUGCCCCUUCCCAACAUAGAGUCUCCCCAGCCUCAGGAGGAUGCAGAGGAGGAAGAGGAGGAGGAAGAGGAGGAAGGGUACAGCUCAUCCAUAACUCAGUCUGUUAGUACUCAAAGUGGAUUUGACAACCAGACAGACCUAGAGAACCAGAGGGAGGGGGGCCAUGGAGAGGGGGACCUAAAAGAGACAGGUCUGGGAGAAGAAGACAAAAGAGAGAGGGAUCUGGGAGAGGACGACCAGGAAGAUGGAACAAAUGAGCACUGUUCUGACACUGAGAGUGCUGCCUCUCUAAGCAUGGAGGCUCCACCCUUGAGUUCACCUCCUUACCAAUCACCACCCACCUCUCCAUCCCCAUUCUUGCCCCAUCCACUUCAGUCUGAAAACUCUGACCAAUGUAGUGACGAGUGUAGCCCAAGCCCCAUCUACGAAAAUUACAUAAUGGCUGAUGAUGAGAGCUGUGCUAAUUCUCCACUGUCCCACCCCAAAUCCUUCACUUUCACCGACUCGUAUCCUAAGACCUAUGCAGAAUUUUAUAAUGAGUCCUACCCACAGGCAGAAUCUAUCACAGAAUCCUACACAGAGCCCUACGCAAAAUCCUACCCCCAGUCCUUCCCUGAACCCUUGAAAUUGAUUAAUUAUCCAGACAGAGAGCCCCACAGGAGAUCUGAUGAGCCAUAUUCAGAACCCUACCCAGAGCCCUACAGUCGUAGGCAGAGGGAGUAUGUUUAUAAGGGAGCUCCAGACACUGAUCCACAGCCACGUGCCUCCUGGCCAGGUAGGGAUGUGGGGCUACCACAUACCAGCCCCCAUUGGCAGGGUUGCUCAGUCGGCUCAAGACUGCACCACUACGAUGACACUACGUCUGACGGGGAGGGCGACAGCCUCAAAGAAAGCCCCAGCUCCCAAAGCCUGGGGCCACCUCCCAGGAACGUGCAAGGUGAAGCCCAGUCAGAGCGUCCCAGCUCUGUGCAGCCUGGUUCAGGUGAGUUCCAGGAUGAGCAGGCCGGGAUGGAGCGCCGACCUCCAGUGGAAGGCCUUUCAGAGGACAGUGUCAUAGGUUCAGGGGAUGCUAUCUCUCUAGCCAUCAAGGACAUCCGAGAGGCCAUAGAGGAGGUGAAGACUAAGACGGUGCGAUCGCCGUACACUCCUGACCAGCCCACAGAGCCUGUGUGGGUGAUGAGACCGGAGGUCAGUCCUACUGAGGACGAAAACUCCCCAGAGCAGCCACAGGGAGGCGAUGUGAGUGUGAGUAUGAGCCAGCUCUGGAUCACUACAGAAAUCACUGUUUUGAAAUGUUUACAUAGUGGAGUAGAAUGGACGUUAGUCCUAUUAUUGCAUCAGUGAUAAGAGUGAACUCGGUGGUAAUAAUGUUAUCUACUCUGAUCUGUUUAAAUGUGCCACCAGAAAUCAACUGAUGUUUAAUCUCAUGUAUCUCUUAAUCUGUCCUACAGCCUGUCUCUCAGUCUCCUUCACACUAUACCCCAGUUCCAGCCCAAGUUCCAGCCCCAGUCCGAGUUCCGGUGCCAGUCCCAGAGCCUGUCUGUCCUGUGAGGGCAGAGUCCUCCAGAACACACCAGGUUCAGCAGAGGGAGACACCUAGGAUACAAUCCAUUGAGGAGGUAAGCGACUGCUCUGCACUGUCACAUGCACCACUGUGAAAAGAGAUGACUGAGGUUUAAGGAAGUGCUAUUCUACUGUUACUGUCAUCAUCACCAUCACCAUUACUGAUAUAUAAUAGUAAUAUUCCAUUCUAUUUUCAUUUCAGAUCCAGAGGCAUAUGCCGGCCUUCCCUACAUACGUGGAAGGUGAGUGUCUCAGUGGUUGGGGGAUCAUUAGUGAGAAAGAAGAAGGAGUGUGUUUUUGUAGAAGCUUUGCUGUGGUAUAAAAUGCAUUUCAAUUACUUGAUGGAAAAAGUUAGGCAUCAGUGGCAUGUUUUCGCUCACUUUCUUUUUCACUCACUUUUGAUUUAGUUUUCACUCAAAUCAAAAGUCAUUUAUGAUGACUAUUGAUUGUAGCUAACCUCAAUGACCGUCUUGUCCACAGUCCCAGGGCCAUGUGACCCAGAGGACCUGAUCGAUGGCAUCGUUUUUGCGGCCAGCUACCUGGGCUCCACCCACCUGCUGUCAGAGAGGACUCCCACUAAGACUGCCCGCAUGCAGCAGGCCCAGGAGGCUAUGAGCCGUGUCAGGGUGAGCCACACAUAGGGGUCAUAUCAGCUAGGACCGAAUACUCUUCCCUCAUUUUCAAUUCUCCUUCCCUCACUUUUCCAUCUUUUAAGUGACCACUGAUCAGGCAGUAAGAUUUUUGAGAGAUAAUCAUUCUCAUGUCCUUAGUUUCAUAUAAUUAUGUGCAUUACAUUUUUACUAAAUAGCUAUUGAUAGAUCUGCCAAAUAACAUUAUUUAAUGUCCAUAAAGAAGCAUUGAAGAAUGCCUAGGGCAUCUGUCUGUUAGUCUAUGUUGUUAACACAUGCAGUCUGUUUGUUUCUUGAGGGAUGUUAAUGUCACAUUGAUAAAGGGGCAACUUUUGAGGAUGUUUGCUUUAUAACCUCUGGGCCAGUAACUUUUGUCAGAUGUGAUAGACAGCUAAAAUCACCACCUGCCCACACAAGGCACGUGUGCGCGCACACACACACACACACACACACACACACACACACACACACACAAACACACAGCCCUAAUACUCCAUAAUAUCUCAAAUGGGAUGGCCAAUCUUCUGUGAGCCAAUCGAGUGUCGUCCAUACCCUUGCCGCAGCUUACUGUUUUUGACGGAGCACUGUCUCUCUCUGUCUCUCUCUGUCUCUCUGUCUCUCUCUGUCUCUCUCUCUCUAUUUAUUUUGCUAUUCCAUAUGGCAGGCCGCACAAAAGCAAGCUAAAAACAGAAAGAAGGUACAGUGACAGUGCUAUGGCUGUAUCAUAUUUUUCUACUGUCUGUUCUGUGUCUUUCUUUAUUAUUAUAAGUAAGUCAUAUUUACUGUUUGUCUGUUAUGGUUGUUUGAAUGUCUUAUGUUGUUGAAAUUAUGCUCUCAUCUCCCUAAAUGUGCAGACUGAGGGUGAGAUUCCUUCCUCCACUGAAGUGGAUCUCUUCAUGUCUACACAGAGGAUCAAAGUGCUGAAUGCAGACGCUCAGGUAAAUAAAUACUGUAUAGGACUGACCUUUACAUGGACUCACUCAAGGAUAGCAAACACUAUGUUACAGGUACCAAACAAUCGCUAUAGUAUUAGUAAUCCAAACACUAAUUGGGUCGUUCCAUGAAAUGAGUGCCUUUUGCGUGUGUCCCUUUUGAUAUUUUAAGUAGAAAUUGUGCACUAAUAUUGAAUGUUAAAAGCCUGUUAUAUUAAAUGAAGUGAGCUUUAAUAUAGACCACAUGGAGAAUUCAAUAAAUGCUUGUGCCAAAAUUCUGCAUUUUGACAUGUCCCUCCGUGCACCCUCUGUGACUUCUAGAAAGAUCUUAACCCACUUAAGCCCAACAUUUCUCAAAGUUUUCACCAUCAUUGUAAAGCCUUAAUUAUUUUAUUGCUUUGACAAAGUAAUUUCUGAAGAUUAUUAUUUAUUUCACUUGUUUAGUGAUUCAUUUACAUCUGCCCCUCAUUUUAAGGUCAACCCUGUUAUGUGAACUGAACUCUCGUUUUAAUAUGGUGAAACUAUUCCUUUAAAAAUAUUUUUUCAAAAGAAACAUUGAACAUCUAAUAGUCAAAUUAUAGUGUUAAAGCAGGUGAGCUGGUUUUACCCUUUGUCCAUUUUCUGGUGUUUUGUGGUAGAAAACUGAGUGGGUCGAGCAUAACACGUCAACACUAUUACCCAUAGAUAGACAGGCUAGAAAAGUUUUAAUUUCCUUUUUUUGCAUUCAAUUGCCCCUCCCUGUUGUACACAACAAUCUUCCCCUGUCACGAGGGGAUUUAUUGCUGAUUUAAGAUGAAAUUGUCAACCCUGUUAUGGUCAACCCUGUUACUUUAUUUGACACUUAAUAGGCACUUACUAUAGUAACAUGUUUUUUUAUGAAGUUGAACGUGCUCUUAAUGACAAUGUUAAAAUUAGGUGAGAAAAUGUUUUUUGGCACCGAAUUGGUGGAACGGCACAGUUAUCAAACUUACCUCUCCACAUACACACUUAAACUACACCCAGAUACUAUACUGCCAAAAACCUAUCUUUCCCUCUACAGCCACAUAACCAUGUCCUUAUCCUGUGUUUCUAGCAGGAGUCCAUGAUGGACCUGCAUCUGAGGACCAUCUCAUACAUCGCUGACAUAGGCAACAUGGUGGUGCUGAUGGCCAGGGGGAAGAUGGUACGCUCCAGGAGCGCUCAGGAACAUCUGAACCAUACCACUGACCACUCUGACCACACCAACAGCCCAGCCAGCGACGACCGCCGCCAGUACAGGAUGGUCUGCCACGUGUUUGAGUCUGAGGAUGUAAGUGUGUUUGUGUGUUGUGCUUGAGUGUGUUUACAAAUGAUCUGUUUGACUCAGACACAAGUGUGUGUAUGAAGGAACUGUAUGACGUACAACGUGAUAUGUGCAUUUCCGUAUUCAUCCAGUGUGUUUGAUGCCACUCUGUCCAGGCCCAGCUCAUAGCCCAGUCCAUUGGCCAGGCCUUCAGUGUGGCGUACCAGAAGUUCCUGCGGGCCAAUGGCAUCGACCCAGAGGACCUGAGUCAGAGGGAGUACAGCGACCUGCUCAACACUCAGGACAUGUACAAUGAUGACCUCAUCCACUUCUCCAAGUCAGAGAACUGCAGAGACGUGAGUCAACCACCAGGUGGCAGGCCAUUGUUAUGUGCUUAGUAUUUUGAUAUGGGAUUUUAGACCUAGUGGCCUAUUACUCCUAAAACAGUGCGAGAGGUAGACUUGAAAUACACAUAGCCCUUCUUGUUAAUGUAAUGCAAUGCUAAUUAAAAGCAUGAAGACAUUCAAGUGAACAGUUGCCUUGACCGUAGUGGUGUAAGUAGUGGUAUAUCUGUUAUGUGUGUAUCCAAUCGCAGGUUUACAUUGAGAAGCAGAAGGGAGAGAUGCUGGGUGUGGUCAUAGUGGAGUCAGGCUGGGGCUCUAUCCUGCCCACCGUCAUCAUCGCUAGCAUGAUGCAUUCUGGGCCGGCGGAGAAGUCUGGUCGACUCAACAUUGGUGACCAGAUCAUGACCAUCAAUGGAACCAGUCUGGUUGGACUGCCCCUCUCCACCUGCCAGAGUGUCAUCAAGGUUUGCCUUUCUCUUUUGUCUCUCAGUUUGUGUUCUUUUACCUUUCUUGAAGCCUCUUUCCCUCGUCUCCCUGCCUUUCUUCACCUUCUCUCUCUCUUUCUGUGUCACUGCAGCCCAGCUGUGCAUUUCUGCUGAAAAUGCAAAUGCGCUCAUCUUGUGGUCAGGCAGACAAAGUCCAUCGUUUUAAAUCUAAAUCUAGUAUGCCCCUCUGCAACCUGGCACACAUUGAAAACAAUUCACUUUGACUGCUUGACCAUACAGUGCUGCAAGCAUAUUCUUUCCCUCUUCUCUUGGCUGACUCCUCCUGUUAUAAUCCACCCCUAAUCUGUCUAUCUCUCCUCCUCACCAGGGUCUGAAGGCCCAGUCCAAGAUGAAGUUGAACAUCGUCAGGUGUCCCCCCGUCACUAUGGUACUGAUCCGCAGACCAGACCUCCGAUACCAGUUGGGCUUCAGCGUACAGAAUGGCAUUGUGGGUAUCAUGACAAUAAAUAAAAAAGAGAGGACCCUUAGCUUUGAGUGCUCUGCUUCCUGUACUAUUGCACAUUUUUAAAGUAGAUUCAAUUUCUUGUAGUUGUCAUUUUUUAUAUAGAUUAAUGUCAUUUUCAUUAUCAGCUGUUUGUGUCCCUCCCUCCUCCUGUACAGAUAUGCAGCCUGAUGAGGGGGGGCAUUGCUGAGAGAGGAGGGGUCCGUGUCGGUCAUCGCAUCAUUGAGAUCAACGGCCAGAGUGUGGUGGCCACACCUCAUGAGAAGAUUGUUCACAUCCUGUCUAAUGCAGUGGGAGAGGUACGAAUACACACCUAACAGUAACAUGUAAUACAGUCCAGUGUCCGAGGUCAAGAACUUAAGUAAAUACAGUCAUGAGUAAUACUGAUUGAAUCUGUAAAUGGCAUUACAAUUAAUUUAUGGAAUUUUAUUGAGUUGAGAUGGAAUUAACUGUCAAUCCAAAACGGCUGGAAAACUCCAUGCUCCGCUGUGUUGGAGGUCUUUGAUCAUGCAACCUGUGUGUUUUUUCAUUGUGCUGCAGAUCCACAUGAAGACAAUGCCUGCAGCCAUGUACCGUCUGCUGACUGCCCAGGAACAGCCUGUCUACAUCUAA